CGACAUUAUAACGGGACAGCGAAGCAGAGGAUUCGUUCAUUAUCCACCCCCAUAUCUCCAUGUCAUACAAAUCAUUUGCUCUCGUAGGUGCCACCGGCUCAGUCGGCAAGAACGUCUUCGACGCCCUCAUCGCACAGAACGUCUCAUUCCUCGUCCUUACCCGGAAGUCCUCCGACUCCUCCGACAAACUCCCCACAUCACCCAAUGUCAAGGUCGUCAAGGUGGACUACGAGAACAGUGCAGAAGUCUCUGCUGUACUCAAGGAGAAUAAGGUCGAUGUCCUUAUCUCGGCCGUCAACUCUGUGGCGGGAGGGGAGAGCCAAUAUGUUCUUGCGGAUAGCGCGAAGGCGGCGGGAGUAAAGCUAUUUGUGCCGUCGGAGUUUGGGUCUGUAACCGCCGGGGCAUCUGUGAAGCUCUUGAAGGAUAAGGAUGAUUUUGCUAAAUAUCUGAAGAAGAUCGGAUUGCCAUCUGCAAGAGUCUUCACGGGACUGUUCUUUAUAUACAUUCCUGCAGUUGUCGGAUACAUCGUCGACCAAAAGUUCAAUGUUGUUGGAAAGGGACAUACAAAGGCGUCUUUCUCCGCACUCGAAGAUAUUGGCGGGUUCGUCGCGUAUAUCUUGACCCACCUUCCGGCUGAGCAAUUGAAUGACAAGAUAUUCCGUCUGCAAUCGGAGUAUUUGACGCUGUCGGAGGUCGCGGCGAAGGUAGGUCUUCCCCCCAACCAUGUCGACAAGCUUCCUGGGGACUUGGCCGAGUCAUUCUUGGGAGUGUUGCAAAGAUUGAUAGAGGAUGGUCAGGGUUCCACAGGGUGGGAUUACGAGGCGAACAAGGAAGACCCGGAGGCAGCUGGAAGUGCAAAUGUGUUGUGGCCCGAUCAUGAAUGGAAGACCAUCACACCGGCCCUCUUUAGCAAAUAGUAGCUGUUAUCUUCCUAUGUCAUCGGUCUGGAAUCAAAACAAGGAGUUCAAUGCAAAAAAGGAUGCGGUCUAUUGGGGGAAUACAAUAUCAGUGGCGGUACAGGGUAUUAUUAGUCCAUAAACAUAGCAAAGCAGCA